CUCACCGUGAAAUGGGCAUUGCGUAGUUGUUGUUUUGACUCUGUAAGCACUUAUGCCUUAAAGAAUGAGAGCCUUAGGGAGGAGGACUGUUGAAAUGAUGCUAUGCGGAGAUGGAGAAUGGAGGACCUGCAAGAGUGCAUGACAAGCGGGUCGGUGCCAGAUUGAAGAAAUUAUAAAAAGAGGAGAAACACAUCACCACCUGAAGCCAUGGGGAUACGACAUCUCCUACUUCUGUUGGUCUAUCUAGACCCGCUGUGCGUUCUGAGCGCAUCCACAGCCAAGCGGAGCAAACCCCCUCCAAAGAGACCCCCAAAGGUGAAGGAGGUCAACAGCACCGUUGCUCCGACAGUUGCACCCCAACGGAUCACACAAGUCCAGGCGCCCAUCGUUGGUGAUCAUGACACCUGUCUUGGUUACUAUGACGUGAGUGGUCAGUACGACAAAGAGUUUGCCUGCAACAACACUGACCACCGGUACUGCUGCGGGAGCUGCUUCCUGCGCUUCUGCUGUCCUGUGAAAGCCAAACGACUAGAUCAGAGAGUCUGUACCAACUACAACACGCCCGACUGGAUCAAAACCCAACCGCCCUCACCAGCACCCACAGGGGACACGUACGACCCUGCACUGGACCAGACCAACACCACUGUCUACAUCACCUGCGGGGUCAUUGCCCUCAUUAUCAUCCUGGGAAUUUCUGCCAAAGUGGCCUAUGAUAAAGCCACCAGACCGCCUCAAGAAAUGAAUGUCCACAGAGCGCUGACGGACAUUUUGAGACAGCAGGGGCCCAUUCCCAUAUCACAGUACGAUCAUGAAAACAUCGCCGCUAUUGACACCUCGCCCAAAGAAAACACGCCUGUACGGACGUCCAAGAACCACUACACACCAGUGCACAACAAAACCAACCACGGGCAUUAUGGGAAAGAAAACUUCCGCAGUGGUCAAGAUAUUCACAACUUUAUCUCCUCCGGCUUUGUGACGCUUGGCAGGGGCCAUGUGAAAGGGCAGCACUCUGUAGAUGAUCUCGGGCAGCUGUCCUGGCAGGGCGAGCUGGACGUUCCUCUGUCCUACAGUAUGUAUCGUGCUUCAGACACCACACACAUGCUCCUCCUGCUCACAGGUGACCUUUGUGCUCUACAGAACUGCUCUUUAGAUGUUCCAGGAUCUGUUGGAACCGAAACAACUGAGUGA